CUCCGGGUAGUACUAGAACUCCUCAGACGAUGCAGGAAAAGGUCGGCGACGAGAUUUCGUGCCACGAGCAGCUAAAACAGCCACCGUACGAGGAUGAUGAUUACGGUGACGAUAUGCACAUCGAAGUACUAGAUCAGAGCGAGGUGCCAACCGUACGACGGUAUCAGCAUCUGCAGCGCUUGCAACGGGAAGUGGGUCCGCAGGUGCAGGUGCCGGGAUUCAACUUUCCCAUCGCCGACGAGGACGCCGUAGAGCUGCUGGAGGCCACCGUGAAUCUGAACGAGCAUGUUCGGAAUGAUUAUGUCAGCUAUUUGAGGGCGAAGAAACCGUACAACGUAGGAAUUCCAAAUGUUUUCCAUACGCUGUUCUCCGACGAGGCCAUGUACAGCUACAACUACUCCGGCAUCUGCAAUAGAGGAUCGAAAAGGAAAGCCAUGCAACGCUAUAGCAUUUUCAUGGAUUGUAUGCUUGACGCCUGGAGGGACCACGGCGUGGACGAAGCCUCCCUCAAGGAAAGCAUCUACCAGGUGAUUCGCAACAUCAAUGGGCGCAAGCGGAACCGUAAGUAUUUUGCCAAACGACGCGAGGAGGACCGCAGGAGGAAGCUGACGGCUGGGAAGGAUUAGAGGCAUUAUCUACCAAGUAGACUGAAACGCAGUACAAGAUUUGUUGUAGUCGUUGAAAAGAACGAGAACUUUAUUUUUGAAAUCUUGUACUGCUUUUUAAGAUAUAAUGUUAUUUGUAUUAGUUUUAUAG